UACAAAAGUAGGUAACGUCCUUGACCGUGUAAUUGUACAGUACACGCAACGUGUGCAUCUGUGUCUGUCCGUGCAGCCCGUAUUUAUUUCCCAGAUAGCUGCAGUACUAUAGCGAUUCGCAGCCUUCCUCGCCGCUUACGAAUGUGCAUUCUUGCUUGCGCUCAUAUGUGCUGGGUGUGUGCUUGUGUGUGUGACACCGUCCGCAGAAAUCAUCCAUCCGUGCAGAGGUUACCCAUACAGGCGUACUCACGCAGAUACGAGCAGAGACAAAGUUUCGAUAUGCCUCUCGCGUAGCCGCGCCGAUGGUCUCCGAAUGCGACGAGAGGACCGCGACGAGGGGUGCAGCUCGUUUCAUCGGGCCAGCAGCUGCGCGAGGCAAGUUGCGCUUCGGCGCAACACGUAGCUGCGGACGCGAUCGCAGCUGUGCAUCCUCCUCGGGCUGCGAGACCAGAACCCAGUGCCACAGUGAGCGACGGAGCUCUCGGCGCCUCGUAAUAUAGCACAGCCAGUGCGCGAUUCCGUAUACCUAUAUAGGAUACGGAUCGACGGGCGAAUGCAGUAUCGUAUAUAUCUAUAGGUGGGUGGGCAGGCAGGCAGGCAGCAGCAACACUUGGCCAACAACACGGAGGGAGAGAAUAUCGAUCCUGCAUGUGCGCAGGUGUGCGUGUGUGAGCGAGAGCGUGUGUUAUGCACAGUUAUAAUCAUCCACGAGCACACGACGAUACACACCAAGGCACAGGCGUCGACGUCGGGCGCCUCGCGAGACGAGCCCAUCGGCCGCGCCGAGCGCAAAUCAGAGUCCAUGCGAUAGCUGAUCGCGUCGGAGCGCAGUAGCAGCAUUAGGAGUAGUAGUAGUAGCAGCAGCAGCAUCAGACGAGUAGUGGUCGCGCGACAUGCUGCACACCGACUAUUAACUAUAUAUUCUUCUACAUGUGUAUAUUUAUAUAGUGUAAUCAUUCAAGGCGAAGGGAUAUCGCACCUCUCGCUUGCUGCAACUGCCAUCGCACGUAUCAUCGCUGCGUUAUCAUCAUCGUCGUCGUCUUGUCGCUGUCGGGGGCUGCACGCAGUCGCAAGCUCGCUCGUUCCAACGUAAAUAUCCUACGCAAAAAUCCAGAUAAAAAUGAGCGAGAGACGAUUGAGCGACGAGCUCGAGUACCACAUCACUUUUCCGGGCUCGGCAACGCCUGACAAGACCAAGUCCAGUUCCGGAACCACAAAGACGACGACGACGACGACGAGCAUCGUCAAUGAACAGCAGCAGCAACAAAAUCAGCAAGAACAACAGACACAAGGAGCGCAAGCACAGCAACAGCAACAGACCAGUAAGAUUGUCAACGCCGACGAUUUUGUCUUUGUUUACGAGGAGCAAAAGCGACCGCUCGUCGUGCUGCUCGGUUGGGCUGGCUGCCAGGACAAGUAUCUAGCCAAGUACAGCGCUAUAUACGAGGAGCGCAGCUGCAUCACGUUACGCUGCACAGCCCCUGUGGAGUAUCUGUUCUGGCGUCGCGAUCGUCUGCCGCACAUAAGCCGCCAGCUGAUCCAGGUGAUCGCCGACAAGUGCACCACCGAUCAUCCCGUCUUUUUUCAUGUGUUCAGCAACGGCGGUGCGAUAUUUUACCAGCACAUCAGCUAUGCCAUGCAGCAGGCCGGCUCACCGCUCAAGGUCAAAGGAGUGAUUUUCGACAGUUCUCCGGGCGAACGGCGCAUAACGAGCUUGUACAGGGCCAUCAGUGCCAUCGUGGGUGGCCACCCUGUGACCAAUCUGCCGAUCUCGCUCGUCAUCACAUUUUUCCUCUCUUUCAUUUGGCUCUUCGAGAUAAUUGCCCACGCCAUCAGUAAACGCGGCACCGUGAAAACCGACCCGUCGGAUCUCGCCGAGGAGACGUACUCUUGGCCACAGAUCUUCCUCUACUCCAAUACCGAUACGCUGAUUCGAGCGAGCGACGUGGAGCGCUUCGCGACGAGACGAGCCGAGCGCGGCGUUCGCACCCAGCUGGUCCUGUUCACGGACUCGCCGCACGUCAAGCACUUCGCCACGUAUCGCGACGUCUACAUCAGCUCGGUCUGCAAUUUCAUCAACGAGUGUCUGGCAACGGCGGUCAUGGGGCCCUGCUGUCAUCCCGGCAACAAGAAAAAAACCACGGCCGCCGGUGCCAGCAGUGACAGCAGCAACAGCGGCGUCAAGAAGAGGAAAGAUUCGGCCGAGAACGAGGACCAAAGUCGACGCGAGGACGACGACGAGGACGAAGAGGACGAGGAGGAGGACAGCCAAGACGUUAACGAGUCUGGCUCCAGCGUGGCCAAAUCGUUGAUGCACUGCCUCACGAAACGCAUAGUACUACCCAGCGAAGUUAGCUCGCGUUGAAUGAUGCGCAUGGAAAUUGCGUACCUUAAAAUUACCCUGAAAAAUUAAUGACGAUGAAAAAUAAAUGAAAUCUAUCGGGAAGCAGAGUAUGUAAAAAUCAACACGUACUUGAGCGCGUUAGAUUAAAAGCAUAAAUUGACGCGACGCUAUGCAUAAAAGUAUACUCGUCUUAAUAAUCGCAUGUCAGUGAUCCAGAAAAAUAUCUCCGCUAACCUUUCUUCUCUAUAAUGUGCACUUUCUAUACGAAUCAAGCGAUUUAUCAUGAUAUACACGUACGUCUCCUAAACAUAUGAAUCUUCAUUUUAAACUCCUCCAUGUUCACCAACGAAACUUCAUUGUACUUUACAACUAUAAGGUAUUGUAUCUGCGUCAAAUGUUCAAAUCUUCAAAGUAUAUAAGAUAUUUAACGAAUAACGUACAAUUCCAUUGUAACUAUCGAUAAAAAAUAAAAUGAAAAUAAGGUGAAAAAUAUACGUGUAACGUUCUAGCGCUUAAGAAAUACAUCGGUCUUUCAAAAUGACAAAAAAAUGAUAAAAAAAAGAAUAAACAAACACGACAUAAUCCCCGUGUACAUCGCGUUUAUUUCUUUCCAGUACAAAUCGAUACACGAAUUUACUUCGGAUCCUUAUUGAUGAGUUAGCCUAAAAAUUUUUCGAUAUCAAUGAUUGUGUAUAAAAGUCAAAUAUAUUAUGUAUAUAUUGUAAUCCAUUGAAUCGAAAAGAAAGGUGUCAACAAUCGUCGCUUUUUGUAAUUUUGGAAUGUUAAGUUAAAUAUAAUAUAUGUAUGAGUCUUCCAUUGUAGUAUUUUUUGCGUUUCGAGAAAAACGCAAUGGAAGCUGAAAGUGGAAUUUUUUAUUUGUUUCCAUGUCUGAUUCCGAUUGAAUGAAAAUUCGAUUGUUAGAAAAAGGAGAAGUCGAUGCGCAUAAAAAAUUCUUAUAAGCCGCACUAACAAAUUGAUAUGAUAUUUUGAAUUUUUUUAUAUUUAUUCCACAAGCUCUGAGGACAUUUCUUUAUACUGAUUACUGAUGUAUUUUUUUUAAUAAUAUUACCGAUUGAUAAAAAUAAAUAUAUAUUUAUACAAGUUUAAAUUAUCAUCGGAAAUAAUUGGAAAGCGAAUUAUCGAUUCAACUAUUGCUGGAAGAUCCUUUCUAUGGGUAUAUUGAUUGAUAUUUUAAUAUGAACUUUAUUAAUGAAUGGAAAUUAUCUGUAUAAACUCAUCAAUCAUUUUCUGGGGAAAAGAAUAUUUUUGUACAUCGUUUACUAAAACAAACCCUAUCCUAUUUCACGUUAAAAACAAUAUAAAUAAAUAAUCUGAUGGUAAAAAAUUUCAUGCAAAUCCCAAAUAUUUAAUUAACAAAAUAAAAUACAAUCAUCGAAGAGUUCAUGGUGUAAAAAAACAAUAGAAUAAAAAAAGUACAUUACAGUUGACUAAUUACGAUGAAUAGUAUAUCUGACAAAAUUUAAAAAUUCUAGCUAUAAUAAAAGAAAUGUUUAGAUGUAGGAAAAUACAGGAUGAUCGAGCUGGUCUCGACGAGUAUGUUAGAAACUCAGCUAUGUUACCAAAAUAUUUGUUAUGUUAAUGUAAGUACCAGAAAAAAUUGAGAAUAAUAAAAAUCAUAAAUUAUUUGCUAUUAA